GUUGCUGAUGAAGGCUUGAGACUGCUAAAAAAAAUAAUUCGUUUUUAUUAGCAGUCUGUUAAUUUAACAAUUUUCCAAUAAAAAUGUUUUACACACUUACACCUUCAUACACACGCACACAUCCCUCAGGCAAUCCAAAAAAUACACAAAGAAAGAGCAAAUAGCAAAAUUGGGUUAAAUCAAUUAAAGACAUAACUAAGCAAACCACACAAAUGCAAACAAAAGAAAAACUGGCAAAGAAACAAAAUUACUCAAUAGUAAGGGGGAGUUAGUGCUUGCAGACGCCGAUCGCACACAUAUUUAACCGUCGGAGUUGAAUGAGCGUCACACAGGUGAGGAGGAGAAACGCCCAAGCCACAGUGGCUCAACCACGACGUGACAGGUCACAGCUGAUCGGUCUCCGUUGCGGCACACGCGAAGAGACACGGGAGAGAAACACCCAGGACUGAUCGAGUCCGACGAAGGAGAGGGAAGACUCCCAACGAGGAACAGGGAGCAGCGAGCCGGGCGACCCGGCUGUGAGGCGAUCAGAUGGAUUCACUUUCUCGACCAGAACUUUUUGAUUUCCAUGGAGUCUCACUGACUCACUAUUUCACAGACAACUGGGAUAAUAUUCAAAACUUCCAGGCCAGGCCAGAUGAUAUUCUUAUUGCAACAUACCCCAAAGCAGGAAGCACCUGGGUCUCCUACAUCCUUGACCUGCUGUAUUUUGAUCAGACAUCUCCAGAGUGUCAGAAAUCUGUCCCCAUUUAUGCAAGAGUACCUAUCUUAGAGGUCACCUUCCCUUCUCUGCAGCCAGAAUCAACCAUACACAAAGGAACAGACAUGGUGGACAAUCUCCUCACUUCUCCUCGACUCAUUAAGACUCAUCUUCCGGUGCAGUUUGUGCCAAAAUCUUUUUGGGAGCAGAAGUGCAGGAUAGUCUAUGUGGCCCGCAAUGGCAAGGACAGCGUGGUGUCUUUUUUCCACUUCGAGCGCAUGACCAUGAUCUUCCCGGAGCCUGGAGACUGGAGCAGUUACCUCCAGAGGUUUAUGGAGGGAAAGAUGGUGUUUGGAUCCUGGUAUGACCAUGUGAACAACUGGUGGGAGAAGAAACAGACGUAUUCAAACCUCCAUUACAUGUUCUACGAAGAUCUUGUUGAGGAUACUGGACGGGAAAUAGACAAACUCUGCUGCUUUCUUGGUUUGUCUCCUUCAGCUCAGGAGAAGGAGCGACUUGCAGGCAGAGUGCAGUUUGACAAUAUGAAACAGGACAAUGUGGUCAACCAUUCAACAUUUCAAGGAAUGGAUUUCAAACUUUCUUCGUUCAUGAGGAAAGGGAAGGUUGGUGACUGGAAAAACCAUUUCACUGUGGCGCAGAGUGAAGAGUUUGAUGAAGACUACAAGAAAAAGAUGAAGAAUCCCACACUGACAUUUCGCAAUGAAAUUUAGAGGUCCGGUGCAGCUGCAGCAACAUAACGAAAAUUCCUUAGCUGUGAUAUGUGAUAACAUAGAUAAUGUUAGAGAGAUAGAUAGAGAUAGAUAAUUACUGAGUCAGGUGCUUAAUUUUAAGCGCUGAGGAAAUGAUCUAAUCAGUCUGAAUACAUAAGUUUAUCAAAUAUCAAAACUUGAUGACUUUGACUUUUACAGAUUUAAGCGUUAUAUCACUAGUUUGUCAAAAUGAAUUUGAUAGAGGUAUAUCAACUGUACAGCUGCAAUCAAUGUCAGUCUAGAUUAAAAGACUGAAAA